AAUCAAUUCCAUCAUACUGGACAGUCCGUUCAAUUCACUGUUUGCCCAUCUGUACCUCAUCACAAACACACACAGACAUACAGACAUUUCUAGGUGAACAAGCUGCAGCCAUGUCCUACGAUAGCUAUGACAGAGUCAAGGGUCUCUUCGUGAUUGGGACCACCACCUCGGCUUUCCUCACUGGAGGUCUCCUUUUCACCUCGUACUCACACGUCCCCGGCUAUCUUCAGAACUCCUCGGACGAAUCGUUGUUGAAGCAAUGGCAGACUAUGGGUGCUAUCGGCAGAGCCGUUAUGCCACCCUUGAUCUUGGUUGCCAGCGGUUCCCACUUCAUCAAUGCCUACCUAACCCACACUCAGCCCCAGCACUACCGCUUCCUCGGCGCAGGGGUGCUGAGCCUCGCUGUCCUGCCCUUUACCUUUCUUUCGCUCGGUCCGAUUAAUGACGAGAUCGCCGCGCGAAACGAGAAGAAGGAAGAUCAUGUGAAUGAGCAGCUGCAAAAGAUGAGCAACCAGGAGCUCAUUAAGAGUUGGGGUACUCUCAGUGCUGUGAGGGGAUUUCUGUUCCUCGCAAGCACGCUUGUCAGUUAUGAUGCCAUGUUGCAUCUGACGUUCUGAGAAACGUAUGUACGUCCUACAGGGGACAACAGCUGGGUAUGUUGUAACGGACCAGAAAUAGUCGUCGAUCGGAUGUCCGACAACCGACGCCCCGGAAAGCAGAGGUAGGGCAUUGCCGCAGGUCGAGACACGAGCAAAACAUGCAGAUACAUAAUAUGUUGUGAAAUAUAAUAUGUUGUGAAAUAUUUACAUGAA